AUGUUCGCACGAAACAUCGCAAAGGUCCGCGGCUCGCUGAUCCGCGACAUCCUCGGCCGCGCCUGGGCUUUAGAAGCGGAGGGCAAACAGGUCAUCCACCUCGGCGUCGGGCAGCCGAAUUUUGCUGCACCGGAGGCCGCCGUCGCCGCGUCGCAGGACGCCGUCGCGCGCCACGGCAUGCAGUCCUACAUCGCCAACGCGGGGCUCGACGGCUUGCGCGACGCCGUCGCCACGGAAAUCUACGGCCGCCGGUCGCCCGCCGCGCGCAUCGCGGCGAAGGACGUCGUCGUCACGUCGGGCAGCAUGCUCGCGUUCUACGCAUGUUUCGCGGCGUGUCUCGAGCCCGGCGACGAGGUCCUCUUGCCAUCCCCGGGCUACGAGAACUAUACCAUGGCCGCUCAUGUCCUCGGCGCCACCGUCGUCCACUACCCGCUGGGACGCGCGAGCGAGGCCUGGUCCGCGCCGUCGCGCGAGGCGCUCGAGGCGUUGGCGACCCCUCGGACGAAGCUCGUCGUCGUCAACAGCCCGUCGAACCCGACGGGCAGCGUCUUCUCGCGCGAGGAGCUCCAGCGCUUCGUCGACUUCGUCGGCGACCGACCGGGCGCGGCGCUCCUCUCGGACGAGAUCUACGGCGGCGUCUGCUUCUCGAACGGCGGCGGCAGCGCGCCGUCCGUCUUCGACUGCGACCUCGGCGCCGCCGAGGGCCGCGUCGUCGCCUGCGCGGGGGUCUCGAAGGAGUUCGCCAUGACGGGCUUUCGCGUGGGCUGGCUCGCGUCCAAGGGGCCGGCCCUCGUCGCCGCCGCGGAGAAGCUCAUGGAGCCCCUCGUGUCCUGCGGCGUGCCCUUCGCCCAGGCCGGCGCCGAGGCGGCGCUCCGGAGCUCCGACGCGCGCGCCUACGCGGCGUCGAUGCGCGACGCGUACCGCGCGCGCCGCGACGUCGCGCUCGGCGUGCUCGGCGCCCGCGGCCGCCUCGAGUACGAGCCGGCCGGCGCGUUCUAUCUGCUCGUGGACGUGGGCCGCGACUCCGUCGCCUUCGCCCGGGAGUUGCUCGCGGACCGGGGCGUCGCCGUCGCGCCCGGCGCGGCCUUUGGAGCGCCGACGGCCCACCACGUCCGCGUGAGCCUCUGCGCGAGCGAGGGCGACGUCCGCGAGGGCCUCGAGCGGCUCUGCGCGUACGUAGACUCCACCGUGUAA